AUGAUGUGCCUUAGCCAAGAAACUUGGUCUCCAACUCGGCUUAACUUCCACAUCCAAAAUUAUGCCGAUACAAUCAAAGCAAGUUUUCAAAGCAACGGUGAUUCAACUCCUGAUCGCUUUGGGGGAGUUAUUCGUAACAGUGCCGGCUUAUACCUCUCUGGCUUCUCCGGUUUCAUUGCAGAUUCCACUGACAUUCUACUUGCUGAGCUCUCGGCAAUUCACCGCGGUCUUCUCAUGGCAGCUGAUAUGGAGCUUGAGGAUUUGGUUUGCUACUCGGACUCGCUUCUCUCAAUUAACCUCAUUACAGGUCAAGCAUCAAUAUAUCACUCCUAUGCCGUUUUAAUUCAAGAUAUAAGGGAUCUCCUUGUUACGCACAAUUUCACUGUCCACCAUUGCCUCCGUGAAGGAAACCAAUGCGCUGAUUUCAUGGCAAAAUUGGGAGCUUCUUCUAAUGAGUAG